AUGCCAGUGACGAGGAGCAAUAAGGGCUCAGAGAGGAGGGAGUCGACACCCGUCGGUACCGCCGAAGCAUCGGCACCAGUCGUUCCUGCGACCUCGGAGCGUCGGGUACAAGAGACGGCCGCUAUAAGAGCGGAGAGACCCGCAUCGAGGCUAGGAAUCGCUCCGGAACGGGACGAACCUACGGAAUCGUCAACAGAGCCGACAACCGAUGCGACGACCACUACAACGAGCUACGAGACAACAACUACGGAGACGACGAAAAGGCAAGAUUAUGACUCAAGGGCCAAGACCAGGACGGCCAAUCGAAGUCGGGCAGCCUCCGUGAAAAGCGACCUAGCGAGAAAACGUAAGGAACUCGAAAUGCGAGCCGAGCUAGCGGAGUAG